CGGGAUCGUUGUGCUCUUGUUGCGGCCGCUGCGGGAGCGUCCUGCGGGCCGGACCUCCACCGAGCCCGGGCUGAAGCGGGGCCGCGCCGCGGGGCUCCGGAACCGGACUGUCCGGGCCUGGCUGCGGGUCCCGGGUUCACGCGGCGCCCCGCUCCGGGAUCUGUCGAUGCUGGCGGAGGGUCCGGAGGCCCGCAGCCGAGAGGGAGCAUGAGGCCGUGCGGGAUCGGCGGGGCACUUCUGCUGGGAACUUUAUGUGCAGGCCUGCGCCGGGCGGAGGCGGACACCAGGGAGUGUGUGUACUACAACGUGAACUUCGAGCUGGAGAAGACGAACCGGAGCGGCGUGGAGCGCUGCGAGGACGAGACGGACAAACGGUCCCACUGCUACGCCUCCUGGAGGAACAGCUCCGGGACGGUGGAGCUGGUGAAGAAGGGCUGCUGGCUGGACGACUACAACUGCUACGACCGACAGGAGUGUGUGGCCACAGAGGAAAGUCCUCAGGUGUUUUUCUGCUGCUGUGAAGGAAACUUCUGUAACGAGAGAUUCACACACCUGCCCGACGCCACCGUGCCACUGAUGAAGGCUCCGCCCCCUGGCGUGGGCGUGCUGAACGUGCUGGUGUCCUGCCUGCUGCCCGUCGCCGUGCUGAGCCUGGCUCUGCUGACCGCCGUGUGGCUGUACCGCCACCGCAAGCCGCCGUACGGACACGUGGACCUGAGCGAGGACCCGGCCCCUCCCCCCACCUCCCCCCUGCUGGGGCUCAAGCCCCUGCAGCUGCUGGAGGUCAAAGCCAGGGGGCGCUUCGCCUGCGUGUGGAAGGCUCAGAUGCUCAAUGAAUACGUGGCCGUCAAGAUCUUCCCCCUCCAGAAUAAGGAGUCGUGGCAGAAUGAGACGGACGUCUUCCUGACUCCUGGAAUGAGACACGAGAACAUCCUGAGGUUCGUUGGAGCCGAGAGACGAGGGACACAUCUGGAGUCUGAGCUGUGGCUCAUCACCGAGUUCCACGAGAGGGGUUCUCUGUGCGACUUCCUGAAGGGGAACGUGGUCAGCUGGUGCGAGCUGUGCCAGGUGGCCGAGUCCAUGGCGUGCGGCCUGGCCUACCUCCACGAGGACGUCCCGCGGGUCAAAGGAGAGGGACACAAACCGGCCAUCGCCCACAGGGACCUGAAGAGCAAGAACAUCAUGCUGCGCUCCGACCUCACCGCCGUCAUCGGAGACUUCGGACUGGCCGUCUGCUUCGAGCCCGGAAAACCUCCCGGAGAGACACAUGGACAGGUGGGGACCAGGCGUUACAUGGCUCCAGAGGUCCUGGAAGGAGCCAUCAACUUCCAGAGAGACUCCUUCCUCAGAAUAGACAUGUACUCUCUGGGCCUGGUGCUGUGGGAGCUGGUGUCCCGCUGCAAGGCUGCAGACGGCCCCGUGGAUGAGUACAUGCUGCCGUUCGAGGAGGAGGUGGGUCAGCACCCCACCCUGGAGGACCUGCAGGAGGUGGUGGUGCACAAGAAGCUGAGGCCGGCCUUCAAGGACCUGUGGCUCAAACACACUGGUCUGGCUCAGAUCUGUGAGACGGUGGAGGAGUGCUGGGACCACGACGCCGAGGCCCGCCUGUCGGCCGGCUGCGUGGAGGAGAGGAUCUCUCAGGUGCGCCGGAUCACCGCCGCCGUGGCCCCGCCCACCUCGGACCGCCGCGGCCUGCUGGUCUCCACCAUCACCUCCGUUUCCAUGGUGACCAACGUAGACCUGCCGCCCAAAGAGUCCAGCAUGUGACCAGGGAGGCGGGACACGGACCUGAUCAGAGCCUCCAGACCCAAACACACACACACACACACACACACACACACACACACACACACACACACACACACACACACACACACACACACACACGUGCGCGCGUCUCUUCUCAGAGGAUUUUUACGAGCAGACGUGAAGCAGCUGCUAUUUGACCUCUUCUUCAUGUUUCCAGACAGAUUCUACCAGCAGUCGUCUCCUUUUCCCACUUCCUGGUUUU